AUGCUGAUUUCCCCUUUAAUAUUUGGUGAACUCUUACUGUAUGAAUUAUUCAGUAUUAUUAUAACAUUGAUCAGUAUUGUUAACACUAUUUAUAGGUACAGGAAAUUAGUAGUGAAGCAAAGUCGUAAUCGAGAUUAAAAUAUCCCUUCGUUCCCUGUAGUGACGUUGUGAUAACUUCCGGUUUCACAUUCGUCAUUCCCUUAAGUUUUCGGAGGUCAAGUGAUACCUGGGUACUAUAAUCGGGAUGAUGAGCAUUCUGUAUCUGACGGCCGCGAUGAAAGGUAGCCAGAGAAGAAUACAGCUUUGUAAGCAUAAACUGAAUAAAGUCUUACGUGCCUGAAAUAGGCUUUCGAGACUUUGAGUAGAUAAAUAUAUACUGUUUAGCUGGCUUGUAUACUGAAGUGAAGCUAGAGCGCUUUAGUCCCAGACAGGCGCGUGCGCUUUAGUCCUUGAAAAGCGCAUAUGCUUAAGGUUAUGAUAAGUGCGUGCGCUACAGAGAAACGAAGUGAUUAUUAUGUAAAUACUAUUUAAGUCUGUGAUUGAGAAAUAUGUUUUGCUGAUCUAUUCAGGUAGAAUAGCCGAAUCCCAAAACGAACCCAGAAACGUUAAAGAAGUGCUGAGUUCAAAUAUGGUGACAUUGUGUAAUAUAUGCUUAUUUCCCCUUAAUAGAUUGCGAACUUUUCUCUGUUUAUUUUUCGUCAUUCGUUAUAUUUGAUAAAUGACACUUUCAUUCUCAUUGAGAUUGUCUUGUCAUAAAAUAAUUUCGGCAAAAAACAAGCUUCCGUUAGCUGUUUCAGUUUUAAAAACCCCAGGAUAAGACAUAAUUAUAUUUUCUUUGGAAAAUAUACAAAUACCCCGAAGAAUACGUGCUUUACUAAGAUUUUCUCCAAAUUUGUUUCGCCAUCCAUUAUAGUUUAUUAGAAAGGAAUUCUAUGUUUGGGGGAGAGAAAAUAUGUAAAAAAAAAAAAAAAAAAAAAAAAAAAGGCAUACCCCAUAUUUGUUUGAUAAACAAUUGAAAAUAGCACGGAGUUCUGUAUUUGCAAAUUGAUCGAUCAUAGAUCGUAAACGUAUGCUUACGUUUGAAAUCGCAUACGAGCGUUUCACGAAACCUGUCGUAGUCGUAACACUUACGAUUGCGAUUUACGUCUGACUUUUUAGAACUCUUCUCUCUGUGGAGGUAGAGUUAGAAUUAAUCUUACUGUGAAAAGAAAUAUUCAUUCAUUAUUCCCUCAUGAUUUUGAAUAUAAUAUCCUUAUUGUCUGCAGUAAUGUAUGAAUACAUAUCCAUGUAGCCAAUGAAAUAAUGGAAAUCUUGACCAACUCUAAUGUAACGUACAGACAAUUCCUAUAAUGUUAAAAAGUUCAGUACAAUAUUUAUUCACUUUUUAUAUGCUAGCUAGGUAUGCUAGAAUUGUUAAACAAGGUACCUUUUUACUCAUCAUUUUUCUCUACAAUAUAUUGUUGUAACUUGUUUCAAGCAAUAUUCAUAUACUCCUGAAGUACGGAAGAAACUAGUCAAUUAUACGUUCUAUAUAGGACCCAUGGGCCGGGUAUUCUAUAAUAGUUAUUGCAUUAUCGGUAAUUAAAUAGUUAUUUUGUAUUAUCGGUAAUUGUUUCUCUUUGUAUAAUAUAUGAUAGGGAGCGAAGCUCUCGUCGCCAAGCGAUGCGACGAACUCGCUCUAAUGAUUACACAUUUGAGUCAUUGGGUUUGCUCGCCAUUAGCUGAAAAAUAAUGGGGACUAACCAUAAUGCUUCUGGAAAAAUGUCGCCAUGACUGGAGUAUGUUUCAUAGACAACCCAGUAGAUAAAACAAAUAAUUAAUUUGGAAAGUAACACAAACGUGUUUAAAUUCCAGACAAGCAUUUUCAUACCUUCUUACGUUUUGUUGUUGGUUAAUUUGAAAGAAAGGGGGAAAUAAAUCGCAGCUAAUACGAUGUCACAAUGCACUGUUUACAUCAAACGCGUUAUAUUUCCCGAGUUAAAUGAAUAGGCGGAUUAGAUGUCUAAAAUCCAGUUGGAUCACUGACCUAACGUGUGGGAAGACGUUAAGGAUUUUCGCUCUUCUCAACGGUCACACAGUAAAACAUAUUAUGUAUCACUAUGGUAAAACACUUACUUAUACUCAUUAGCUACAAUUAAAUAAUAGAUAUCUUAUAACUAAUUUUUAACUAUUCGAGCUAAAAUAAUUCAAAGACACUGUGGGCGUUUUCACGUCGUACUCUUGUUUUACCUCUGGAUAUUAAACUCUUGAUGCGCACGCAGAUUUAGACGCGAAUGAUUUUCCUUGACUCUAGAAACUCUCCAAAAUGGAGAAUGUCAUCAAAGCACAAUUGUAUGAAGAUUUAUUUAUUGAAGAUGAAACGGACAUUUUGUUUUUGCUCGCGAUAAAACAGACCUGGAUCAUUCAAAUUCUUUUAAAUCUAGAGCGGCGUUAUAUUCCAAGACUUGGAGGCUUUUCGGAAAACAUUGUGCCACAAUUUGACAGCAAACAAUUUCGAAGACAUUUCCGAGUGAGCCCGGAAAUUUAUGAAAUAAUCCUGAAUUCAGUUGUAGAUUCUAUCACAGAUGAUAACGCAUGGCCCGGUGGUUCUGAACCAAUACCGCCCAAUAAAAAACUGCUGGUAUUUCUUUGGUACAUGGCGAACCAGGAAACGUUAAGAGAAGUUAGCAAUACAUUUGCAGUAGGCAUUACAACUGUUCACGAAAUCGUAAUCACGGUAUCAAAUGCGAUCAACGAAAACAUGGUUAACGUGAUUAACUGGCCAUAUCCUUAUACACAACAAGCUAUAUCAAGGGAAUUUCAACUCCAGUCUGGUUUGCGAGGCGUUAUUGGUUCCUUGGAUGGAACGCAUAUUCGGUUAACAACAGCCCCUGGUGGUGACAGAGAUUAUUUCAACCGAAAAAACUUCCCUUCCAUCCAACUACAGGUUGUGGCAGACUGUGACAUGCUUAUACGUGAUGCGUACACGGGCUGGCCUGGGUGCACCCAUGAUGCACGUGUCCUCCGAAAUUCUUCUUUGUUCGACAAUUCCGAAAAUGGACAAUGUGUAGUGCAUGGGAAAUUUAUUAUCGCGGACAGUGCCUAUCCCCUGAGGAAUUGGUUGGUAACGCCUUUCCGACACAAUGGAAGACUGAAUGCACAACAACACCGAUUUAAUCAGAUGCUGUCCUCCGCAAGACAAAUUGUUGAGCGAGUAUAUGGGCACUUAAAAGGAAGAUUUAGGAGGCUACGAGAAAUACCUGUUCGAAAGCUGUCCCGUAUAGUCUCACUGAUUAUUUCAGGAUGCAUCCUGCAUAAUCUGUGUGUUUUACAUCACGAUGACGUUGAAGCCUUUAUAGACAAUGAUGACGACGGGCAUCCUAAUGCCUACCCAAACAUUUAUGUUGACGGGAGGGAUGGAGCUUUAUUCAGACAGCAGCUAAUGGAUACAAUGCCCUUGUAAAGACUUCAUUAUCACAGUAUUUUGUAUAAUUAUGCAUGUGCCUAGAGUUUGCUGCAUACAAGUAUUAGAUUAAACUUCAAACAAAUCAAA